AACAUGAAUAGAACUCCAUCCGAACUUACGGCCGUGGGAAAGUCCAACAGUGUGUAUGGACAGCAUUCGGGAGGGUGCAAGGAAAACGGCAAGAAUGGUAUUGUGAACGGUGUGGUGCACAACAAGAAGCACAAAAAACAUAAAAAACUUAAAUGUGUGGAUUCUGGUCAUCACGAACGGGUUGUAACCGAAUUAAAGGAUUCCAUAGGCUUGUACACUGAGGAAAACAUUACAGAACACCAAAGUGAUUAUGUUAAUAAUGUAGAUAGGUCAAAAGACAAGGAAAAGAAAAUACCCAAAUUGGACGAUUUAAAUUGUAACAAAAGUGUAAUCCAAGAUAAUUUAGACAAAUCUAUUGAUUUUAAGUCCGGGCUGGAUAAUGGACCCAGUGAAGUUGAAGCAUCUUGUAGCCAAAUAUCUGACGGUGACGUGUUACAGUUGACCAGUGACGUUGCAAAUCUUAUAAUUAAGGAAGAAUAUCCUAAAAGUGCUGAUCAAUGUUGUGAUAAAAAAAUCGAAUUCGUUCAGUACCAGUCGGAACUUCAAAUGCCUAUGAUUAUGAAGAUAAUUCAGAAGGAUUUGUCUGAACCCUAUUCGAUUUAUACUUAUAGAUAUUUCAUUCAUAACUGGCCAAAGUUGUGUUUUUUAGCAAUGUAUGAGCAACAAUGUGUCGGAGCAAUAGUGUGUAAAUUGGACUUGCAUCGGAAAGUCAUUAAGAGAGGUUAUAUUGCCAUGCUGGCUGUCGAUCAGAAUUUCCGCAAACUCAAAAUUGGCUCUACUUUAGUACAGAUGGCGAUCCAUGAGAUGACAUUGGGGGACGCGGAUGAGGUAGUUUUGGAGACCGAAGUAACUAACAAACCUGCCCUUAAAUUGUAUGAGAAACUGGGUUUUGUUCGGGACAAGAGGCUAUUUCGUUAUUAUUUAAAUGGAGUAGAUGCAUUGAGGCUGAAACUAUGGCUCAGAUGAGGAUGUUUACUUGCAUCUCAUUAGUUUCAUGAGUGGUUAGUUGGUUUGGUAGAAAAUGUUUUAUUUCUCAUUGAAGUUGCGUUAGGGGCGCGCAAAAAUGUGUUGUUGUCUGGGUAUGUCUUGGAAUAAACUUUAAAUAAAUAAACCACAAAAUUUAACUUCUUUGAAUUGCUAAAAAUUCAUUUAAACAAAAUCUUUUUCAAAUAAAAUUUAGUGUCACUUUUUAGUCCGAGUAUUUUUUUAAUUUUUGUUAAAUGGUGGAAAAAGUAUACAUAGCCAUUUGCCUGACUGCUUACCUCAUCAUAUCAUGGAUGUUUAUUUUGAGAUUACUCUGAGAGAUAACGAUAGCCGAGUUCAUUUGAUAGAUUUUUUGGGUGGAGAUCAUUGUUCGAAUUUUCUCCAAGCCAAAAUUUGGUUAAAAAACGGCGAUAUAAAGUUGUAAUAUAUAGAUUUCAAGGAAUUGUAUGGCUUCUGUAACUAAUAAUAUUUAAGACUAACCGUGUGCUUAAUGAUUAAAUUACAAUUCACAAAAUAAUUUAGACAAGAUGUUUUUUGUUUGUCUGAAAAUUCUGUACAUUUUUGUAAAUAGGUGAAUUAGUAUUUUAUCUGUAGUGUUGUAAUAUAAUCGAAAAUAUACCAAAUUUACUAUUAAAAUGUAUUUUUUACUGCACUGAUUUUCUCUUACUAUCUUCACUUGAUUAUAAAUAGU